AUGACUUCUCCCUCUUCUUCUCCUGUUUUCUUACUGCCUCUUUCUCUUAUUGUAGCCGAGGCCUCUUCCUCUUCUUCUCUUCCUGUCUUCUCACAGCAACAGCCUCUUCUACUUCUACCUCUGUUUUCCUUUCUUGCUACCAUGGCUCUUCUUCAUCACCCCUGUCUUCUUAUUGCCAGAGUCUCUCCCUCUUCUCCACUUUUCUUACCACCAUGGCUUCUUCCACUUCUACCUCUGUCUUCUUGUCACCAUAGCAUUUCUACUUCUCAUCAUUUCAUGGCACUUUGGCUGCUUCCACCUCAUCCUGUCUUCUUGCCAGCACAGUCUUGUCUUUUUCUUCUGACUUCUUGCUGCCAUGGCCUGUUCCUCUUCUCCUCUUCUUGUCACAAUGCAGCCUUCCUCGUCUCAUCCUGUUUUCAUGCCACCACAGCCUUUUCUUCUUGUCCUCCUGACUUCUUGCCAUCAUGGGGGCUUUCUCUUCUUCUCCUGACUUCUUGCUAUCAUGCAAACUUCCAUUUCUCCUGUCUUCUUCCUACCAUGGAAUCUUCCUCUUCUCCUCCUGUCUUCUUAACACCACAGCUACUUCCUCUACUUAUCCUGUCUUCUUGCCAACACAGUCUCUUCCUUUUCUCGUGUCUUCUUGCUACCACAGCUUCUUUGCCUUCUCUUCCUGUUUUCUUCUCUCCAUGGCUACUACCUCUUCUCCUCCUGACUUCUUGCCAUCCUGAGGGCUUCCACUUCUCCUCCUGUCUUCUUGCCAAAAUGAACCUCUUCCUCUGCACAUCCUGUUUUCUUGCCACCAAGGCCUCUUCCUCUUCUUGUCCUGUCUUCUUGCUGCCACAGGCUCUACCUCUUCUCCUCCUUACUUCUUGCUACUAUGUUGUCUUCCUCUUCUCCUCCUGUCUUGUUCCUGCCAUGAGGCUUUCCUCUUCUCCUUCUUCUUGCCACCACAAUGUCUUCCUCUUCUCUUCCUUCUUGCCAUGGGGUCUUCCCCUUCUCCUCCUGUCUUCUUGCUACCAUGGCCACUUCCUUUUCUUCUCAUGUAUUCUUGCUGCCACAGCUUCCUCCUGUUGUCAUCUUGGUUUUCUACUUCUCCUGUUUUCUUGCUGCUAUGGUCACUUCCUCUUCUCCUCCUGUCUUCUUCCAACCAUGGGUCUUCAUCUUAUCAUCCUGUCUUCUUGCAACCACAGACUCUUCCUCUUUUCUUCUCAUCUUCUUUCCUCUAUGCUCUCCUCCUCUACUCAUCCUGUUUUCUUACCACCUCAUCCUCUUACUCCUCUGGUCUUUUUCCUUCCACAGCCUCUUCCUCUUCUCAGCCUGACAUCUUGCCAUCAUGGGGUCUUCCUCUUCUCCUCUUGUUUUCUUCCUGCCCUUGAAUCUCCCUCUUCUCUUCCUGUUUUCCUGUCCUCUUUCUCUUCUCUUCCUGUUUUCCUGUCCUCUUUCUCUUCUCUUCCUGUUUUCCUGUCCUCUUUCUCUUCUCUUCCUGUUUUCCUGUCCUCUUUCUCUUCUCUUCCUGUUUUCCUGUCCUCUUUCUCUUCUCUUCCUGUUUUCCUACUCUUCCUCUUCUCCUCCGGUUUUCUUGCCACCACAGUCUCUCCCACUUCUCCUUACUUCUUGCCACCAUGUUGUCUUUGUCUUCUCCUCCUGUCUUCUUACCGCCAUGACCUCUUCCUCUUCCCCUCUUACCACUAUGACCUCUUUCUCUUCUCCUCUUGUCUUCUUUCCACUACAGUGUCUUCCUCUUCUCCUCCUUCCUGCCUCUUCUCAUCCUGUCUUCUUGCCUCCAUGUCCUCUUCCUUUUCUGAUCCUCUCUUCUUGGAUCUAUGGCCUCUUUCUCUUCUCCUCCUGUCUCCUUUCCACCUCCUCCUCCCUUCUUUCUAUUCCCUAUUUAUAUUAUACUUUUUUUAUUUGUUUUUAUUUCUUACAUUACUCAUUUUCUUUUUCUAUUUCAUAAUCUCUUUUUCUGGAGUUUAA